AUGUGCUGUGUUACCAUGAAACGCCCCCGCUUUGACUCUGAUGAUGAAAGUUCCUCCGGUGAUUCUUUCGGUACAUGCACAAGCCGCAAGAAGAUUCGGUGCAUCAUGUCCGAGCUACCGGAGCGAAUGCACAAACAACCUCUCGACCAAGAGCGUCGCCCAGAUGACACGCUACAGUCGUUGACGAGUGCAGGAGUUCCUUACUAUGCCUUUGACAGUCAAUCGUUGGCUGGUUUCUUCUAUCCUCCAACGGCCAAAGAGAUCAAGGCUUACGAUCACACCGUGCUAAAUGCCGUUCGUCAACAAGACUAUGGCACCCUGCGGGCUCUCUACAGCCAGGGACGUCCCCUCAAGUGCAGCAACGCAUUUGGAGAAUCUCUCUUGCAUUUGGCUUGUCGCAAGGGCAUGUACCAAAUGACUCGGUUUCUGGUGGACGAGUGUCAUGUCCCUCUGCGAAUCUGCGAUGAUUUUGGUAGAACGCCUCUGGCCGAUGCUUGUUGGACUGCAGAGCCCAACUUUGACUUGAUUGACUUUAUCCUAGAGAGAGAACCCGAUCUUCUUUUCAUCAAAGAUAGACGUGGAAGUACACCAUUGGGUUAUGUGAGGCGGCCUCAGUGGAAGCUAUGGAAUCAGUACUUGCAAUCCAAAUCAAAUCAUCAGGGCUUUUUUCAGCCAAGAGUCGUUCUCAGCAAAUGA